AUGGACUCGCUGCACCUUUAUGACUCGCUUCCACCUGUUUCAGAUAUACCGGUUCUCUCUCUUAGCCAGUUGUUUUCAAUACGAGAUAAUAUUGCAGAACACCGAAACUAUUGUUCAUUAGAAUUUGCUAGGGAAUACAACAAAUUUUUCGACUGGUGCACUCAUCUUAAGUGCUUUGAUGAAGAUGAACCAUGUAACUUAAGCGACAGUGAAAUUGAAGCAGCUAAGUUAGUCUAUUGUGUCUCUCGCAUCUCACUUUACCUUGCGUAUCUUCGCAUUGUGCCUUUAUGUUCCGUUGACAUGCUUCGAUCAUCUGAAGCUAAAAAAACAUAUGAUGUCGCCGGAUCUACUGAUAUUAUCAACUCAUCCGUAUCACUAUCUACAAAAACUACUCCUGGAACUUGGACGACCACCAAUGCCUCAGUUACUCAUGCAAUUUCAGAGUAUGCAUCCUUGAUUUCUACCUCCACGUUGGCAACUGAGAAAAUUGUUUCGGGAGAAAAACCUCAUCCUGUCUUUGACCUUAUGCAAUAUAUUGGCUAUAAUGGAACUAAGUGUUACGAUGACCAUCUCUGUGAUCAACCCCAGACUGCCCAACUCAAACAUUCGCUUUUGGGCGUGAUCUGCUUUCUCUUGUGUCUUUUCGGCACCGUAACUAAUCCACUCCUACUGCCUGCUUUCAAUACUCGUGCCAACCGUUCUGGCGCGACAUUAUACUUGACUGGGAUGGGUGUCUGCGACACGAUAUAUCUUCUAGUGACUACUUUUGCUGUUGUACUGCGUCACAUUCCAGCUGCAUUUCCUGACCAGAUGGAGAUGUAUGCUCGCAUCAGCGGCUAUCUUGUUCCAACUGGUCUGCCAAUCAUGCUCUUCUGCGAGCUCACUGUGGUACGUAAUGUUCUUUCAUCGCAAUUAUUGUUCUUUUCAUAUCAAGAUUAUGUUAGUCGGCCACUAUUCUACCUCAUUUUUGACAUUUACUUAAGCAAAUCAACAUUGCUGUAG